CGGGCCCGGCAUGACGCGAGCGCAUUCAAACAGCCGAGGCCGUUGAUUCCAGCGACGACCCGACCUACCCUACUCUCACUCCGCCUCCUCUACCGACCUUUCAUCCCUCCGCACUGUACCUCACUUGGAGCCACGCGACCGUCCCGGCCUCGGACUCUUUCCACUCAUGUCUUUUCUUGGAGGCGCUGAAUGCUCCACCGCGGGCAACCCUCUCAGCCAGUUCACCAAGCAUGCUCAAGAUGACAAAUCGCUGCAAAGGGACCGCUUGGUAGGGCGGGCGCCGGGAGGGCUUCAGGAAGGAUUGAGGAAUCAGGCGCUAGGUGUGGCCCAAGAUCAAAUGAUGAACGAGUUCCUCCAUGAGCCCUCACAUGUCCCUCAGGCUGCUGGUCCUGCAUCACCCUUUGCCAUGGAGCACAUGCGGCGCGAACUGGAGCAGGCGUCUCGGUUACAGCAAAGCGGUUCGCCCAGCUGGGCCGCGGAAUUCGAUCCAGGCAUGGAUAUUGCACACGCGGAACCGUCUUUCAACCGCCCUCUUGCCGCCGGAUUCAGUCCUGCCGAGUUCGCCAAGUUUCAGCAGAUGGAAGCGAACGGACCAGUGAGAACGGCUAGUCCUGCCGGGACUCCCUCGGCUAUGAUGGGCUAUCAAAGACCUAUGGGGUUUGGUAUGAGUAGUAUGGGAAUGGGAAUGGGAAUGAUGAACAGGCCAUAUGCUACCGCUGGAAUCUCGCAACCGAUGGAAGCGGAUGCCAAAGGCAAAUCCCGCAUGGUUGAGCUUGAUGAGAAAGACUGGGAGGCUCAGUUCGCGCAACUCGAAUCAACCCGUCAACACGACCCCGAAAGUUUGGAUGCUGAGGCGAAUUCAGCAAUGGAGGCUGAAUUGAACGAUAUUGACAGAGCGCUCGUCGAAGAGGAAAACAUGGCUGCGGGCUUAAAUAUGGGCGACCUGGACCAGUGGGAAGGCUUUGACGGUCUGAACACACACUCCUUAAGAGAUCCGCAGCUCGGCGAUUAUCUCUUCGAACAGACCAAUCCGUUCAAAACCGUCCACGAUCCUUUUGCAGAGGGAAUGGAAAUCCUCUCCAAUGGCGGGAACUUGUCAGUUGCAGCCUUGGCCUUUGAGGCAGCAGUUCAAAAAGACCCCCAGCACGUGGAUGCGUGGACUAAACUUGGUGCGGCACAAGCACAAAAUGAAAAAGAAUCGCCUGCCAUCCGCGCCUUGGAGCAAGCCCUCAAACUCGAUCCAUCGAACCUUGAGGCCUUGAUGGGCCUUGCUGUCUCGUACACUAACGAGGGCUAUGAUAGCACUGCAUACCGAACUCUGGAGCGGUGGCUCGCCACAAAGUAUCCGUCCCUCAUAGGCCCCGAUGAGCCUCUAUCUUCGGCUGCCGAUGUUGGUUUCACGGACAGGCAUCUUUUGCACGAGAAGGUGACGAACCUUUUUAUCCAAGCUGCUCAAUUGUCACCUUCAGGGGAACAGAUGGACCCCGAUGUCCAAGUAGGCCUUGGAGUGCUAUUCUACGGUGCGGAAGAAUAUGACAAGGCUGUCGACUGCUUUGGUGCUGCGCUUGCCAGCACGGAGCAAGGGACGAGCAAUCAGCGCGACCAAGUGCAUCUGUUAUGGAACCGGCUAGGUGCUACACUUGCCAACUCUGGUCGUAGCGAAGAGGCGAUUGACGCCUACGAGCGGGCAUUAGCACUCCGCCCGAACUUCGUACGUGCACGAUACAACCUCGGCGUUUCUUGCAUCAACAUUGGGUGUUUUGAGGAAGCGGCCCAGCACUUGCUGGGAGCACUGGCAAUGCACAAAGUGGUGGAGGAAGAAGGGCGGGAAAAGGCCCGCGAAGUCGUGGGGGAGGGGGUCAGUGAAGGGGAGCUGGACAGGAUGAUCAGCCAGAACCAGUCGACGAACCUCUUCGACACGCUCAGGCGAGUCUUCAGUCAAAUGAACAGGAGGGACUUGGGCGACAUGGUAGGCCCGGGCAUGGACAUCGAUCGCUUUCGGAGCGAGUUCGAGUUUUGAGGCUGCAAUGAAGUCUCUGGAAGGAUGAGCCAGUGCAUGCACGGCGGCCCACAUUCGGUGUUUGGACUAGAGCCUCAGUGCUGUAGCUAAAGGCAAACGUAAGCAAGGAGCGUCAUCCGCCGUGCAUAUUUUGGCCAGCACGACCGUUUCAUCGCCUCCUUGCAGCGCAAAUGAGACGGUGAUCGCGUCUUCACGGGCGCGUGCGCUUCCCACACGGUUGAUUCCCCAUCGCAUCCCUGCCUUUAGUGGUCCCGGCACUCGACCGCCUGUUGUAAUAGUAGGAGU